AUACAGACUUGCGGUGGCGUGGUCAGGCGCUGAGUGGGCCGGGGAACCUUGUGCUGACCAACGUGGGGCCCAAGGACGAAGGGAUCUACGAGUGUGUGCUGUUCAGCCGAGGCCUCACCAAAACGGCUGCAGCAAAGCUCACAGUUCAAGUGGCGCCCAAGUUGGAGCAGGGCCUAGAGUCGUACUCCUUCCCCGUGACCAAAGUGAUGACCACCGCAUGCCUGGUGUCCGGCAGCCCCGCCCCCAACAUCAGCUGGUACCUCAACGGGGAGCUCAUCGAGAAGACAGGCCUGUAUACCGAGCGCAUCAAGAAGACGGGCGGGGAGAGCAUGAUCCUGUACACACUGCAGAAGAAACACUCGGGCUUCUACCAGUGUGUGGCCGAGAACGGCGUGGACCAGGUCAUGUCGGUGGCCUUCUUACAGGUCUCCCAGAAGGAGCUGGCUCCGCGUGGGCGGCCGACCAACGUGACCGCCGUGACCACCAGCACCUCCAUCCUGGUCACAUGGGACAACAACCUGGUCCAGUCAGAUCGCCCGUCCGUGGUGGCUUACCAGGUGGUCGGCGAGCGUUUCCCGCGUCAGAAGAUCUGCACGGUGAAGGAGAACACGUGGAGCCAGCAGUGCACGGUGAAGAACCUGCGGCCGGCCACCAACUACUCGCUGACCGUCCAGGCCUACAACAAGUACGGCGCCAGCGACCUCUCCGACAUCAUCUACGUGCAGACGCUGCCCGAUG